AUGUUCUCAUUCCUCUUACUCCUUCUGCCGCUAUGCUCCGCUGCGAUAUACGAAAGAGUCGCAGACCUUCCAGCUCAAUAUUUUGACUAUAUUAUCAUUGGAGGCGGUACGGCAGGGAACGUCCUCGCCAACCGUUUGACCGAACAGCCCGAUACGUCCGUUCUCGUUCUCGAAGCGGGGAGAUCAACAGCGGAUGUCUUGACUUUGCAGAUACCCUUCUUCUGCUUGACACAUCCACCUCUGCAGAACUGGAACUUCACCACUACUCCUCAGCCUGGCUUGAACAACCGGAACUUUGCCUAUAUAAGGGGAUUCGGAUUGGGUGGGUGUAGUGCUAUUAAUGGCCUGACAUACACACGCGGUUCGUCCGAGGACUAUGAUCGAUAUGCGAAUAUCAGUGGGGACGAUGGAUGGGGAUGGGAUAAAAUGCAGCCCUACUUUCGAAAGAACGAGCGCUUCGUCGCUUCCGCAGAUGGUCACAAUACCACCGGGCAAUACAACCCCGCCGUACACGGCUUUCACGGACUCAAUUCGGUGUCGGUGGCUGAAUACCCGAGUGCCAUUGAUGGGCGCGUCAUCCAAGUCACUGAGGAGCUCCCGGAAGAGUUUCCGUUCAAUCUGGACUAUAAUUCUGGGUAUCAUUUGGGUAUCGGCUGGCAUCAGAAGACUAUCGGGAAUGGGACAAGAAGUAGCUCGGAGACGUCGUAUCUCGCUCCCGAGUACAUCGAAAGAGAGAAUCUCCAUGUGCUUGUGGAUUCGCAUGUGACCCGGAUUUUAAUGACAAACGGCUCGACUGAUGACGACAAACCAUAUUUUGAUGCUGUGGAAUUCACACAGGAUGCCGGAAAAACAAUGCAUACUCUUUCAGCUCGGAAGGAGAUCAUCCUCUCUGCUGGUGUCAUCGAAACUCCCCAUAUUCUGCUCAACUCGGGCAUAGGGGAUGCGGAUGAGCUGUCUGCACUAGGCAUCACUCCGACGGUGCAUCUUCCCGAUGUUGGGAAGAACUUCAGGGACCAACUGACCUGGAGUCUUUCUUGGACUGUUAAUGACACGAACACUAUUGAGAAUGUGUACUGGAGGAACGCGACGUUCCAAGAAGAAGCCUUGAUGGAGUGGCAGGCGAAUCGGACGGGUUUUCUCACUAAUAGUGCGUCAAAUCAGUUGGGAUCUUUCCGGGUAGGAGAAGGCUUACUCGAGGAGGAGCCGUGCGCGGGCAAUCGGACAGGCCAUUAUGAGCUGAUGUUCACUGGCGGGAUACCAGUUGACACCGUCCCCCCAACUGGGAGCUUUUUCACCAUGUUAAUCAAUAUUCUGUGCCCAGUAUCUUAUGGGAACGUCACCAUUAACAGCACCGAUCCCCUCGCCCCGCCUGUCAUCAACCCUAAUACUCUCUCGCAUGAGCAGGAUCUGGUGUUGAUGGAACAGGCUGUGGGAGGCGCGCAGAGGUUUGUCGGUGCCCCCGUGUGGGCGGAUUACAUCCUCGAGCUCGUCACGGAUAUCGGGGAUCUGGAAGGGAGCAUUCGGAACGGGGCUAGCCCGGGGGGUCAUUCGGUGGGUACGGCGAGUAUGUCCCCGCCCAAGGCGCGUUGGGGUGUCGUUGACCCGGAUUUGAGGCUGAAGCAGGCGAGAGGGGCGAGAGUUGUGGACGCGUCGGUUUUGCCGUAUGUACCGGCUGGACAUACCCAGGUAGCGGUGUAUGUUGUUGCAGAAAGGGCGGCAGAUUUGAUCAAGGAAGGGAGUUGA